CUUGUCGAACAAAAUUCAUCAUUGAAGAAAGAAGUUGCGCUUGCCGAGCGUAAAUUAAUUGCACGUAAUGAACGUAUCCAAACUCUCGAAGCUCUUUUACAAGAUGCUCAAGAAAAAUUAAUUAGUCAAAAUCAGAAAUUCGAAGUUCAACUCCAAGCUGUUCGUGAACGUCUUGAACAAGCUCGAUCACAAAAGUCACAAACCUCAAUGGCUUUAAACUUUGGUCGUGUUGCUAAACCUCUUCGUGGAGGCGGU